AGGGGGUGGCACUUCAAAAAUUGUUGAAAUGACUGCAAUUGAUGAGAGAAUUUUAUCUCAAAUUGGUAGAAGAGGUACUGGAUUCAUUCAAGAUAAAAGUUGGUGUAGUGACAUAGUUGGAGGUAGUCAUAUGUCAGAAAUAGAAGAAAUUGAAGAUGGCCCAAAAGAAAAAAAUAUUGAUAUGACUGAGUCAGAUAUCCUAGUAGUAGGCCCAGAAGACUGUUACCAAGAAUAUUUCCCUGAAAAUGAGCACCAAGUUUUAUUCGAUUAUACAGAGAAAGAUAUGGGCAAUAAAAUUGAAAAUCAAAGUUUUACUGGUGAUAAUUUAUCUGCAGCAUCUGUAUCUUGGGCUAAGUAUACACCAUCAAUGUUGAAGCAACCUAAAGCAAAUGCUUUAUGUACAACCAAUCAAAAUACUAAUGCUAAUGAUGAAGGUCACACCAAAAAACGUAAACAAUUACAAGAUAAAUUGACAUUAUGGGCUAAGAAUAAAGUGACCUUAACAAACCAGCGAAGUGAACUUGAAAAAUGUCAAUUGGAAUUUCAACAAGAACUUUGGAAGAAGAAAUUGCAAACAGAAGACUUACUUAAAAAAGAAAUAGAAAAUAGAAUACAAUUUGCAGCAGAAGAACAUGCUGCUAAAAUGGCAAAGUUUCAGGCAGAAACAGAAUUAUUAAAAAUACAAAAAACUGUUAUAUUGAAAGAUGCUUUAUUAUAAUUUAGUUCAAUCAAAAUUAUAUUUUUUUAAAUUUAUCAGUUAGUAUAAUUUUUUGUUAUUUUAUAGGUAUUAUAUUGUUUUUAAGUUUAUUGCUUUAAAAUUAUAUAAUAUUGGUAUGUAAGCUAGACUGAAAUUUAAUUUAGCCUCUAAUUGUUUAAAUGUUUAAAUACUAUUUUAUUAUGUUAUAUUAUAUUGUUAUUAGAUAAAUUAUUUUAAAAUAUUAUAUUAUGUUGAUAUAUAGACUAAAUACUGAACUUUAUUGGCGCCAGAAUUUUAAGACAUAAUUUUAUAUAUUCUAGUGAGUUUAUUUCAUCUUCAUUAAGAAAGUAUGAAAUAGCGUACCUGGUACCUUUAACCUAAAUUCACCAAUAUAGGUAGGUAUUAAGUAGUUGGAUACUAGGAUAGUAGUAAGUACUGUUGGU